AUGACUAUAGUUGUAGUGCUGAAAAGCCGUGCUCGAAUGGCGCCUGCUGCGGCGCAGGCGGCUACUGUGGAUAUGGUUCGCUCGUUCUAUCCCAACUGCACUUGCGCCUCAUCACUGACCGUCUCAAUAAAAGGACCAACCUACUGCGGCGAUGGCUGCGUGUCUCAGUGUGACGCUGUGGCCGAAUGUGGUCAGUACUCGGAAACAGGGAACAAAACCUGUCCGCUCAACGUCUGUUGUUCUCAAUAUGGCUUCUGUGGUACCACUGAGGAGUUUUGCUCUGGCGACUGUCAGAGCAAUUGCGAGUUGCAUCCGAGUCCCCCUGAGGGUGCAAGCACGGAUGAUGUCUAUCGAAGGGUCAUUGGAUACUACGAAGCGUGGAGUGCCCGUCGAGACUGCCAUCCGAUGGCUCCAGACGGGCUACCCAUUGAUGGCCUGACCCAUGUGAACUUUGCCUUUGCCUACAUCGACCCAGAUACCUACGAGGUAACCACGAUGGAUAGCGCAACGCCUGAAGAUCUCUUCCAGACAACCGCGGACGUUAAAACAUUCAAGACGGGCAAUGCGGAUUUGGAGGUCUUCGUCAGCAUCGGUGGUUGGACGUUUUCCGACAACAACACAGCCACUCAGCCUCUCUUUGGCGAAAUCGCGGCCGACGCCUCUAAGCGGCAGACCUUUGCCAAUAACGUCGUUCGUUUCCUGGACCAAUACGGCUUUGACGGUCUAGAUAUAGAUUGGGAGUAUCCAGGAGCCGGAGACCGUGGCGGUAAAGAAGGCGACACGGAAAAUUAUGUUCUUCUCCUCAAGACACUCCGAGAGACCUUUGGCAGGUCUCCCAGAUCCCUGGGUCUCACGUUCACUAUCCCUUCCUCCUACUGGUAUCUCCGGUGGUUCGACCUUCCCGGUAUGGUCAAGUAUGUCGAUUGGAUUAACAUGAUGUCCUAUGACCUCCACGGCUUCUGGGAUCGCAACAAUCCCAUUGGUAGCAUUGUCCAAGGCCAUACCAACUUGACGGAGAUCAAGUCCAGUAUGGAGCUCCUGUGGCGUGUUGGUAUCCCUCCCGCAAAGGUCGUCCUGGGCGUAGGAUUCUAUGGACGGUCAUUCCAGCUCGCGGACCCGGAUCGUAGUAAACCCGGAUGUCCGUUUGGCGGUGCGGCCAACCCUGGUGAAUGUACAAAUACUGCUGGUAUCUUGGGCUACUUUGAAAUCAUGGACAUUCUGAACGGCGCGACGACAUCUAGCUCUAUGAAACGGUCGGAUAAGCAGGUCACCCUCGUUCAUGAAGAGGAAGAUGCCGUCAAUUACCUUGUUUAUGAUGACAACCAGUGGGUAUCGUUUGAUAAUAAUGUGACUUUCCAGCAAAAGGUCGAUUGGGCAAAUGGCAUUGGCCUUGGCGGCCUCAUGAUUUGGUCCUCGGACAUGGACGACAAACAGUUUACCGGUCUACAAGGCCUUCUCGGCAAGCCUGUAGGCGGCAUCCAGAAUCCACUGGAGAACGCAAAGGCUGUGACCCAGGACUGGGCGGGUAAGAAUGGACAGCAAUGCAAGCGCUUUGACGACUGCGUCGACAUGGAAAACCCACAAGCCUCCAGUUGCGGUACCGGACAGGUCCGGAUCGGGUAUGAUGCCGGGGGCUGUGGUUCAGGCUACGGCAAGCCGAUCUGCUGUCCCUCCACCGCGUACCCGAAGUCCUGUCUCUGGCGUGGCGACGGAUCCGACUGCAAUGGCCAAUGUCACAGCGGAGAAAUGACGCUCCUAUACUCUUCGUGGGGCGGGGAUCCCACCGAGGGCAACCACAAGAGAUGCGGCCGCGGACGCAAGGCCUUCUGCUGUGUAGCUGACGAGUGGGAAAGUGAGAUCAAAGACUGUUAUCUGGGUAGAUGUGGAGGAGGGUGUUUGUCUGGCGACGAGAAAGUAGCCAGCGUUCAUGAUCCAGACAAGUGUGCCUACUCUUACAGCCACAGUGGUCCUCAAAACCGAGACUACUGCUGUCCCAGCCCCGCGAAGUUUACCAAUUGCCAUUGGGUUGGUAAGGGGGAUUGUGCCGACAACACCUGCGAUGACAAUGACAUUCAACUCAUGGUGAAUUCUUACGGUGACUCCAAGAGUUCAUGUCACUGGGGUCGACAGAAGGCUCUGUGCUGCGACGCGCCAGCCGAACAGGCCUUCCUGCCGGUUGAUCUCAAGGACAUUUUCCAAACCCUUCCGCCGUCGAAUGAUUAUGUCAAGUACGAUCUACAAUUUCCCAAGGGAGCGUCGAAAGGAAGCAACCCGGUCAAUACGGCUUUCUGUUGGGUUCUCAUUGACGGGCCAGAGGCGGCUGUGACGAGUGCAAAGGUCAAGAGAGACGGAUAG